AUGAGGAUUUACUCCCGAACAGGCUCAGCAGUGAAUAGAAAGGCCGGAUUAGGACCUAAGGAAUAUCAUUAUGCUGCUUAUGCCAAACACAAAGAUUAUCAACCUGGCCAAAUUAAGAAAAAAACCCUGGAACAAAUCACCCAAUUAUUACAAAAAAUUAAACCAUCUUCCAAUUUAGAAGCAAUCCUAGAAUUUGAAUUACCAGAAACUAGUUAUUCUUUGGAAGAUGAUUUUGGACUUGCUGAACUAAAUCUUGCCGAAGCAACCGAAGAAACAAUUUCUCAAAUUGAAAUUCCUCCAAAAGGAAAUAAUUAA